CGUUCUGCCUGCCUGGUGCGCCCCACUCCUUGCCUCCCGACCACACCACCGGUCUUUCCUCACUCGCCAUGUCCUCUGUGCCGCCGCCCAGCAGCGGCUCCACGCCCGCGCUGGAUCUCGGUGCGCUGGCCGAUGCGCUCGACGACUCGCCGGCAAGUGCCUCGGCUGGCGGUGCACCCGCUGCGCCUGCUGCGCCCGCGACGGCGAGCAGCACAGCCAAGGCGGCAUCGCCAGCACUCGCACCGCUCAGCACCAAGGCGACAGUCACAGACGCGCAUGACUCGCCUGCCACUCUCUCGCCCUCCUCUCCUCGCGCCGCCACCACCGCACCGCCCGCCGCUGCGCCUCCGGCGGCGCAGCCGCCGCCGGAAGACGCAGAGGUCGCACACAUACGCAGCAUGUUCCCCGACUUUGACGCCGACACGGUGCGCGCUGUGCGCGCGGCCAGUGGCGGCGGCGUCGAGGCCACUGUCAACGCCCUCCUCUCAAUGUCCGACCCCAACUACGUCGCUCCACCGCCUGCCCUCUCGCAAGUCGAGGCCGAUGCCGCCCUCGCCCGCUCCCUCGCCUCGUCUUCUCCCGCUCCCCGCAGUGGCGGCCAGCGCGGCGGCGGCGGCGCAGCCGCCACGGCCGCCUCCUUCUUUGGCGGCAGCACCGAGCCGGAGAGGCCCUUCUUCGAGGGCACGGGCCGGAGCUAUGCGGAUGCUCCGUUGAGCUACCAGCCAAGAGUGCGCAAGACGCCGGGCGCGCAGCCACAGGCGCAGCAGUCGUGGAACCAGCCGCCGCCGCCGCCGCAGCAGUACGGCCAGCAACCGCAACAGCAGUGGGGCCAGCAGCAGCAGCAGCAGCCUCAGGCGCGCCAAGGCGCCUGGCCGGGUCCUGAAGAGGCAAAGAAGUGGCAGGAGGACAUCAAUCGCGCAGCUGAAGUCGGCUUCGCCAAAGCCGCAUCGACCUUCUCGAUGCUCAAGCAACGCGUCGUCGCCGCCACCGCCAACGCCAGCGGCAACAGCGGCAGCGCCAAUGGCGGCGCCUCCUCUUCCACGCCGCAGGCCUCGUCGCCGUACGCCGCGCAGCCUCCGGCGCGCACGGCCUCGGCCUCGCCGCGCUACGACCACGAUCCCUCGCCUCUCUCCGACUCGCAGCUCGCGGCGCUGCUCGCACGCGAAGGCACGCCGCUGCCUGCUGCGCCGAGCCGCGGCGAUCGCGUCAUGGGCGCCAAGCCCGGCACGUUUGCCAGUCGCUACGGCAGCGCUGCCUCGUCUGGCGCCGGUGCCGCUGCGGCAACGGGUGCGAGGGCGAGCCAGAGAAAGCAGGAGGAAGAGGAGGAACUUGGGUGGGGAGACGUGGGACGUGCGCCGAUUCGCAUUACGGACAACAGCAAGCCUGCGACACCCACGCCUGCCGCAGUCGGAGUUGGUGCGGCUGCUGGUGCAGGCGCAGGAGCGGCAGCGGCAGCGACGGGCCGCAAUGCGGUGGAGCGCAUGGAGGGACGAGAAGGCGGCGGGCUGAUCAGUCCGCGAGCGGCGAGCAAGGAGCGCAUGAGGGACGACGAGCCGGAGAUGAAGACGGAGGGAGCGGCGGGCAAAGGCAAGGAGGAGGAGGAGAGCGACGAUGAGGAUCUCAGCUAUGUGGAGAAUCCCUUCGACGAGGACUAGACGCCCGCUUCCGCAAGCCGGGCUCGGCCGCUCUGGACGCUGGCCCGACCAUGAGCGGGCCGAGCGACCUUGAAGAUGCGAGAGCAACGAGAC